UCUAUGCCCAACAUGUAAAAUUACGAUGGACGACGUUUAUGCUUCCAUUGAAAACAUACCCUAUUGGUCCUAAUUGAUUCAUUCUUAUCAUUCAAAAUUGGUACCACCAAUGCCCUGUUCAGUUUGACUUUCGUGAACCUUUUUUUCUCACCCCUUCACCCCUUCAUUCCAACAUUUUGGAGUGAUGCGAGAAGCGAAAAAUGUAAUUCCUUUCUAUUGCCAUACAUUCAUUUGUAUUGAUACCGAGUUACUUCCAACACCAAUCCUGGUCAUCUCAUCCGUCCCCAACGUCGAACCUGAAUACACGAAAAGUCCAUAUCCCGCAAUCCAUUCGAUGCCAAUCUUGAAUCUACUCUACGGAGUAUAGGAGCUUGGGAGAACCCAUGCAUGAUUACUUAUUUUACUUUAUUUGACUGCGCGGACUUAAGGAUUCAAUCCGAAUGACUGGGAUCCAAGAGUCUAGGACUUUAUCAGCAAGGGGACGUAACGCUUUUUUCCACCGGAUCACCUCACAUAAUCAAAAAUAUCACCCGCCGUUUCGGUCGACGGGUAUAAGGUUUCCUUCCAGGUCCGCCAUUAGAUAUCAAAAGGCGCCUAGCACUUGGGGUUCCCAUUUUUAAUUAUUUUCAUAUAAUUAACGGUCGACCUUUCCAAGUGAUACAUAGUUUAUUACCACGCAUAAUCCCACGACUGCAUGUCUUUUCGACCUUACAAAUCUUUAACUUCCAUCUUACUUAGUACUCAGUAGUAUCUUGUUAGUUUCUAUACACUCAUAAAAGGUUUCCAUAGCUUUGUUCUGGAAACACUUCUAUUUUUUCGAAAGUCCAUAUUGAUGAUCACUCAAUUCGGAAUUUCAAUUUCAAGAUGACUAAUUCCGACGACAUCAAUCAUCCAAAGGGUUCAAAACAUGUGGUACGAAAGCGCAAGAGAGAGAGUAAGUCAAGUGGACAAUUAGUUCCCACAUCUCCCAAUGAAGCUGGCAAACGACACAAAAGAGCUACGAGAGCAUGUGAGCGUUGUCGCAAUAAGAAGAUAAAAUGCGAUAUUGAACGUGAUAUUGCGUGCAAUGCGUGUGUCGAUGCCAAUGUGAUAUGCGAGUCAGGCAAUGGAAAGCACACGGAAAUCAAAAAGUAUCCUCCAGGAUACACUGAGUGCCUAGAACAUAGUAACCAGGCCAUGAUACUUGUUACCGACAAGCUCUGGCGCAUGGUAAAGAAUAGAGAGGAAUGGACUUUUGCAGAGCCUAGGAUGAAGGAUGGAGGGAAAGGACCUGUGGUUAUUCAUGAUAUAGCUCAGGCACUCGGAUGUAUACGCAAUGCACCUGGACUUCCAGAAAACUUCAUUGAGGACGCUCCAGCUCUACUGGCUCGAUUAUCAGCAGAAUCUUUAGCAGAAGAGAGAUCGCAACUUGACGAGGGGAUCCAGACCGAAGCCACCAGGUCUAGCGAAGGGGCAGCUUCACCAGAAUCAAUCGAGGAAGAAACUUCCCCAGAAACUCCACCAACAUUCUCCAAAUGGAUGCCUUUACCGAUUUAUCAGUCAGACUCAUUUACUCCUUUACCCGGGACAGCGCAUCGUAGUUUAGAUAAGCCUUCUAUUCAACCGCAGCAGCAAUCGGUAAACCAAGAUCGAAAACUAGACAACUCUAGAAUGUCACAUGGACCCACGAUUAAGUCAGAAAGUACGAGCCAAUUUUCAAACGUCAACAUGCUUGUAGGAAACAUGAUGAAUGAUCCAUCAAACUUUCCGGCGAGGGAAUCAUUCAGCAACCGAAAUACCGCGACAGUGGAUGUCCGUCGAGCACCUGGACUAAAGAUAGAACCACAGCCUUAUAAUGCUCAAGAGCAACCGGCGUUAUCUGCGUCGUCUACAGUAUCAUCGUUCUCUAAUACACAUCAUACAAACUCGCCAUUACAGUCUAUUAACUCAACAUUCUCACCUGUUUACCAGGCAAGCACACCAUUAUCAUAUUCUGAACAUUCUAAUCAAUUCCACGCUUCGUCAUCUUCAUCGCCAUAUCUUACUCACUUGCAAAAAGAUCCAUGUCUAUCCCCUAGUCCGGCUCUUGAUGACUUCUCGAACCCACAAUUCUACGACCCCGACAUGCUAUUAUUCAAUAUCCAAGGUGCCGGCAACUCUUUCGAUGAAGCAUCUUACUUGUCGUCGAAUGAUCUCAUGUUUAGCUCGGGCUUCGAUGAACCAGUCGGGGACUUUUCGUCUGUAGAUGAAUCUUACCGCCAGGAUUUGUCAAAUUAUUAAAACGAUGAGGGUUUUUUCAAGGCAGGACGGUUUGCGAUUUACAAUGUAAUUUUUCGGAGGGUUUCCUAGUAAUCACCUGAAUCUACCGUGUUCACCAUGGGAGCGGUUUCAUUCUCACUUUGCUAUGGUUUAAGACGGAGGAUUUAACAAGGUCACGAUUCAUGGAUUAAGGAGUUAUAGGAACAGGGAUAUAUAUACCAGGGCGUUAUCAAUUGGUUGAAUGUGUGGGAUCCCAGGAUUAACUUGGGAAUGAUAGACGACAUGUAUAUUUUAGAGUUGCGCAAAGCGACCAUGUGGACUAGGAUACUUGAUCAAAUCGAUUAGUGUAGUUUUCUUAGGUUUCACUGAAGAAGAAUAGCUAGCCAGGACUCUUUUAGGUCCUGGGGGCAACAAUUUCAGCGCUCUUUCUUGGAGUCGAGAGAAAGUCAACUCGGCGUCUAUCUAAUAGACGAUCCUUCAUCCUCUCUAUCUCUUGGUGGUAACGUGUCAAAGUCUAAUAACAUGAUGUGAGUUGUUCAUCUCUCUAAAAUCGAAUUUAGGAAAUAGAGCGGAGCUGCGUCCAGUGAGUCGGGUCUUUACUAUAUCCCAGGAUAUCGAUAUAUCAACAUCCAUAUCAAUACCAAUCUCGACGAUUGAAGUACUUGGUUCACCGUAUCUCGAAAAAACUCACCCAUUGCAAAGAUAGACUCUCCUCAACUCCUGCCCUGAAGUGGGAAAUAGCCAGUACUUCGUAGACAUCCCAGGAAAGCUUACAUGUGCAAACACACUCCGCGGUGAUUAUUAAGUCGAUAAGGUUGUUUACCUUGCUGGUUUAGUUGUCCCCAGGACGUUGUGGGAUACCAAUCAGAACCCGACGGUGCGGAGUUUAUGCAUGUCCGGCAUAUACAAGGGUGUGAAUGUCCACAGAAUGUCCACACAAUGUCCAAAUGUCCAAAUGUCCAGCGACGGGUGAGUAAGCUUUUUGCUCGUCUUUUUGUGCAUAAAAUUUAAUGCUCGCGCGCGCGUUGAAUGAAGUCCGUCCACAUUUACAUACCUGGGUAGUUAUG